ACCACGGAAGAUGACUGAAUUCCAGGUUGUAAUGCGGAUACGCUGAGGACCGCACUUAUCCCUGUCUUUCUUUUUUGUUUUUACCGAUUAAUUUCGAAAGUUAACUUGUUUAUUUGAAGGUUAAUUGUGUGUCGGGUGAAGACAUGGCUUCAGGACGUGGACCUACAGCGGAAACAGGAAGCCGGCUGGUUUCAGUGCCGCUGCUUUUCUCUGCUCUGUUUUUAUCAUCUGUAUGUAGCCUUGAGAUUGAUCCUCUGCUGUAUGAGGAGCAGCUGCUGUGGGUGAGUGGAACCCAGGGAGAGGUGAACACCUACAGGAUCCCACUGCUCACCUUCACUCCACAGGGAAGCCUUCUGGCUUUUGCAGAAGGCAGAAAGAUGUCAGCCAGUGAUGUGGGAGCGAAGUUCAUUGCAAUGCGGCGUUCCACAGACAAAGGAAGCACCUGGUCCCCGACUACCUUCAUCAUAGACGAUGGAUUAAAGCCUGACGGCCUGAAUCUUGGUGCUGUGGUGGUGGAUGAGGAGGUGGGAUCAGUGAUCCUAGUCUACACCAUCUGCUUCCACAAGUACCAGUGCAGGCCAUCCAGUACCAUGAUGGUGGAGAGCAGGGACGAUGGCCUGAGCUGGAGCCCGCCUAAAAACCUUUCAGUCCAGCUCGGAGUGAAGAGCUUUGCACCUGGACCAGGCUUUGGCAUCCAGAAGCGCUACAACCCAGCAAAGGGGAGGUUGGUGGUGUGUGGUCAUGGGACAUUAGAGGGAGACGGAGUCUUCUGCAUCCUGAGCGAUGACCAUGGACGCAACUGGUUCAACGGCGCAGCACUGAAAAGCAUUCCUUACAACCAAAAGAAGAGACCACAGGAUUUCAACCCUGAUGAGUGCCAGCCGGUUGAGAUGACAGACGGAACCAUCGUCAUCAAUGUGCGAAAUCAGAACACCUACCACUGUCGGUGUCGCAUCAUAGUGCGCAGUCUCGAUGGCGGCCUGACUCUGCCUGUAGAUGAACUGUUUUUUGACGAACACCUGGUGGACCCUGUCGUCGCAGCCGGAGCUCUGCUGAAAGACCAAGUGCUGUACUUCACCAAUCCAGCAAGUGACGCGCACAGAAUUAACCUCACCUUACGUUGGUCAUUGACUGAUGGCAAAUCUUGGGUGGAUAAAUCUGUCCAGAUAUGGGCAGGGCCAAGUGGCUACUCCUGCAUGACGUCUCUGAAUAGCGGCUCUGCAGAAGACCGAAAGUACAUAUUUGUCAUCUACGAGAAAGGUCACAAGGACUACGACGAGACUGUAUCUUUUGCGAAGAUCCACCUUUACGGCGGUCGUUAGAAUGCAACAGCAAGAGAGCCAAAAAACUGGAAGAAAAAGGAAACGGGAAGAGGUUGAGUACUCCCUCAGUUUUCUCAGGACAAAAUAAGGGACUUCGAAACUCACUUUAUGGUAUAAAAUGUAGGGUGAAUGGUCAACUGUGUGUUUCCAGCUGUCUGAAUACAGUUAUCUUUGUUUGAUUCUUUUGUUUCUUGAAUUCUCAGAUAAUUCGCUCAAGUCUCAUAUUUCCAUGUGUGGUGAUUUGUCACCAAAAACUAUGUUUUGCUAGAAGUUUGCACAGCCUUUAAUACCUCCUCCAAGGAGGUUAUGUAAUCACUUGUGGGAAUUUGUUUAAUUUUUUUUUUUUUGUCUCUUAGCAAGAUUAUGCAGUAACUGCUGUACAUUUUUCAUGAAACUUGGUGGAGGGGUUGGUCAAGGACCAACAUAUUUUUAUCCAUAUUUUUUCCCCUGCCUUUUGUUUUGAUUGUGAGACAUGAUUGGAUGAAUGAUACGACUGUGGAGGUAUGGGCUGAGUGAUUUUUUUUUUUUUUUUUUUUUUUUUUUUUUUUAAAUAAUGUCCUUAGAUAAGAUGAAAUUUGAUGUAAUGAGUGGAUAGUAUUGAAGAGCACACCUCUAUAUUAUACACUAAUUUGCAGGUAACAAUGCACAAUGGUACUGUACAUCGUAGAGUAAAUCUGACAACUUGCCAAAGCAUCCCACCAAAAUCCUUUAUAUAAAAAGGGUUCAUUGUUGAAUUUUUCAGUCGAAUAAUUAUGAAGUUAACAGACUCUGCUCUGGUAAACUUGAUCAUUUAUUCACCUUUAUGAAAUGAGGUGCUUCUUAUCGCUCAUAAUGUAAGUUCAUAUUAAAGUGGCCUAUUUUCAUCUUAAUGGGUUUUUGCUUGUAGCUUUUAUACACUAUUAAGAUGUGAGAAUCACAUGUAUUCAUUCAGAUUAAUACUGAUUAUGCCUUUGUAAAUCCAUAAAAUGUGUUGAAUAAUGUUCAUACUCUUUUGUUAUGAGAACGCACUCGAAUCUUUGGCCAUUUUCUACUGAAGAGGCUGUGCGGUAUUAGAAGAACAAUUGUCAUGAAAGAAAAAAUGAGCUGCGUGUUUGAAUGUGAAGAAUAAAAUAUGUCAAUGAUCUUCUGUAGUGUAUAGAUCUGUCACUUUCCAUUCCACAAUACUGACUUGCAUAUUUUCUUACAAAUCAAUUAUUUGUUGAAUCCUGUAUUGCCACAAAUUUACACAGGGUUUUUUUAUGCAGGUCAACACAAACUUUUAUAUAAUUAAUAAAUUAUUACAGGUGAAUUUUGUGUGUGUGCAGUACUGCUAAUGUUCAUGUUUUUAGGUAAAUGAUUCAAAACCGUCCUAUGUUUUUUUUUUCUCAUAUCAAUGAUUACAACAUAAUAAAGGGUAAUGAAUGAUAUCGAUGAUUUAUCUGUAACAUUUUUUACUCUUUUGUUUUUCACUUACUUGAAAGGCACUUUAUCUUUAAUCCUAUGAUGAAGAGUUUGACUUUUUAAUGAAUAACAGGUAUAAUGAUCACAAGGAAAUGAACAGCUGCUCAUAUUUGCCUUUGAGUAUUAGGGACGGAAAUUGUGUUUGCAAAUGGAGAAAUUUAAUGAGACGUGGAGGCACUAUAGUUGAUAUUCAAACAGGACAUAUUUAGCAAUACUUAAAAAAUAAAAUAAAACAGCAUUGCAAUAAUGAUGUGGAUAGUGGUAGAAUCUUUUGCAAUACAUUUACUCAACUACCUUGACUACAAAUUUAAGAUUAAAUAAUUUUUUUUAGUACUUAAAUUUCCUGCAAUUAAAAAAAGUACUCUACUACAUCUCAGUGUGUGCUAUUCUUCUUCUUCUCUUAAAGUUUAUGCUGUGAUAAACCUAAGGAUAGUGUCUUUUUAUGGAUGGAGCUGGAAAUUGCCUUUCUUUAAGCAAAAUAAACUUGUCACAAAGGAGAAAACCAGCCUGCUUUUCUGAACUCAUGAAAAGAUGGUGUGGUGUUGAAAUGCAUUUUCACCCACUUUGUAUUUGGAUUUUGUACAUUUUCUUUUACAAGUUGUAAUAAACAGCUGUUUUGCU